AUGAAUAAAAAUGAGGUGAACAACUUUUUGUGCCAGUUUGACUUCUCCGCCCUGGAGGAGUUAGACCCAUCAUUAGCGGAUGGCUACACCGCUUGCUACAGAAAAGAAGUCCCGUUCGAGAUAAAGGUUGAACAGGCGAACAACGUGCCGCAGGAAAUAGGCUCACUGGAAGUUCUAACGGUGAAACUUCUCGCGUUGGGGGACGAAUCAAAUGCCAAGCGCAUCAAGAUAGAGCUAACGUGUGAAGCGGACCUGUUUUUUCACUUUACACAAACAGUAGACGAACGCUCAUUUGAAGCCAUGCAGACCAGCCAAAAACUUAUGAUUAAUUUUUCUGAAUAUUUGGAAGUCUUAAUAAAAAUGUUCAAUUCCUGUGUACGGGACCCGCGCAGGUGGGCAUGGAUUACGCCGUCAGUACAAAGUGUUCCCCUUUCUGUUAACGUCGAAUAUAAGUUUAUCGAGCUACUGGUGUGCGAGCUUGUCCAGUCCUCCGAGGAAACCCUAAAGGAGAGCAUUUCCUACAGGUACAAUGCCAUCAAGUCGAAAAAUUCCAUAAUGAACAAAAGGUUGCAAGACAUAAAUCUGUUGAUAAAGUCGAAAAACCCGUCCCUCCUAAUGCAACUCCAAAAAACGGUAAGCAAACAAAUGGAACUUCGGAAGAACAGACACUGCACCAGAAGCAUAUAUAACUCCAGUUGA